CGCCUGGCUGCACCCGUCAGUCUUCCAGAACAGGAAAAGCACCACAGAAUAUUGGAGAAUGAAGCUUCUUCUGACCAUCUCCCUUGGCCUGCUGGCACUCAGUCUUCCAGCUCUCUGCUGGCCUCAAUAUGAAGUUCCACAGUACCAGUUUGAGGAUCCAGAAACGCCCCAAAGAGACAUCGACGUCGACGCUCUGAUGCAGGAUGAGGUUGACUAUGGCUACCCACAGGAGGAUGGGCCUGCGAAUGUUGUUGAGGAGGAACUAAGGAGAAUGCAGCUAAUUAAUGCUAACCGUGCCGCGUGGAACGAGGAUGCCAUGGUUGAACAGAGAGGAAGCCUCUCACUGAACCACCACUCUUCAAGCAUCAGUUUCGAGAAGUACUAUUGGAGAAUGAAGCUUCUUCUGACCAUCUCCCUUGGCCUGCUGGCACUGAGUCUUCCAGCUAUCUGCUGGCCUCAAACUGAUGACGACCUGCCACCGGAAAGCGAAAUGCAACAAGACAAUGAUUAUGGCUACCUGCAACAAGAUGACAAUGACCAAGGGAUGGCAGAGAGGGAAGGCGAAAUGCAACAAAAUGACGAUGAUGGCUACUUGCAACAAGAUGACGAUGACCAAGGAAUGGCGGAAAGAGAAGGCGAAAUGCAACAAGACAACGAUUAUGGCUACUUACAACAAGCUUAUGGCGUAAAACGUAAUAAUGAUGAAUUAGCUGAUCUGACCUCAGAUGAUACGGAGAUGCCUGAUGAGGAUUCUGCUAAACAACUGAUGACACAACUCGCAGAAGUUAACCAGGAUGACGAAGAAGCCAUGGAGCAAGUCAAAGUGUUGAUGAGCGGGUCGACUGUUGGACUGCGUCUGAGUGGAUGUGGUCGCUGGCUCACCUGUCGCAGUAGGUUCUGCUCAUCGACGUACGCAGCGUGUGCAGCAGCUCGAUUCAAGAUGUUCAAAUCGCGACCUGGACCCAUCCUAACCGGCGAUUUCAUCGGCCUUCACUACAGCUACGGAAGACCGUCCUGGUUUUCGUUGAAGAACUGCGUGGGUCAAAAGUCUGUUUGCCCGGGAACACCGUCCGUCUUUGGAUUCAAAACUUGUCCACUUUGGCACACGUGCCAAACGGAGGUGUUCCAGAUUUAUGCCAAGGGAAAGGGCCUCGGAGCGAGAAUCACAAACAAGGACAUCGUAGCUCUGUAUCACCCCGGUGUUACAGCAAGUGGCUUUGUCCAGUUCCUCAGUAGUAAGGUCCGUCUUUCCCAGUGCCUCCUCCAAAAGUCAGGCAACUGUCGUCCGCCGAGUGUCUCAGCAUUCCACCGUUGCAAGGCAGACACCGUUCAAAUCAACAUCUUUCGCUGAAGAAGAAGGAGAGCCAAGUCAUCACUCAAAAUGGUCAUUAGUUUUUUAGUUAUUGGAACAGACAAUUAGUAUUUGUUAGAGUUUUGUUACAUAAUGUGAAUGACAUCAAAAGUGGAUUUGGAUACUCAUAGUAGAAAACAAAAAGCCCCGAAAAUACAAAAU